AUGAAAGGGACACUUCUGCUGGCCUUGCUGGUGACUGGAGAACUGAGCUUCCAGACAACAGAAGCACGUGUUCCUUUUUUCAAAGGCUAUGCAAGUGUUCUCUCUGGAAAAAGAUUGUAUCAAGAACUCCAGACAUUCAAUGCUACUGCAGAGGAAGCCAUGGUCACAAGCCCAGAAUUCAGGGCAUACUAUGGUAGUGACAAUAUAAGAUCCAUUAUAGAUCUUUUUGAAAAAUUAUUAGAAGAAUGA